CUGAAGAACCUGCAGGUCAAAUGUGCCCACAUCGAAGCCAAGUUCUACGAAGAGGUGCACGCACUGGAGAGAAAGUACGCAGCCCUCUACCAGCCCCUCUUCGACAAAAGAAGUGACAUAGUGAAAGCAGCUUAUGAGCCUACAGACGAGGAAUGCGAGUGGAAGGCAGAUGAGGACGAAGAGCUGACAGUAAGUAAGCAGGACGAGAUGAAAGACAAGGUCAAGUUGGAGGAGGAGAAGAAGGACGAGGAGAAGGAAGACCCCAAAGGCAUCCCAGAGUUCUGGCUAACGGUGUUCAAAAACGUGGACCUGCUCAGCGACAUGCUGCAGGAACACGACGAGCCCAUUCUUAAACAUUUACAAGACAUCAAAGUAAAAUUCUCAGACCCAGGACAGCCCAUGAGUUUCUCAUUAGAAUUCCACUUUGAGCCCAAUGAGUUCUUUACGAAUACAGUGUUGACAAAGACGUACAAGAUGAGGUCAGAACCCGACGAGAGCGACCCGUUCUCCUUCGACGGCCCAGAGAUCAUGUCCUGUACGGGCUGCCCGAUCGAAUGGACGAAGGGCAAGAACGUCACGUUGAAAACCAUCAAGAAGAAGCAGAAGCACAAGGGCCGCGGCACGGUGAGGACCGUCACCAAAACGGUGCCCAACGACUCCUUCUUCAACUUCUUCACCCCACCAGAAGUACCAGAAAGCGGAGAGCUGCCACCAGACCAGCAGUAUGAAUAUAAAGCGGACCCGGUCUUCUUUCAGGAUGAGGACUCCGAGGCAGUUCUGGCCGCAGACUUCGAGAUCGGCCACUUCAUCCGCGAGCGCAUCGUCCCCCGGGCGGUGCUGUACUUCACAGGGGAGGCCAUAGAGGAUGAUGACGACGACUACGAUGAAGAAGGGGAGGAGGCAGAUGACGAGGAAGGCGAGGAGGAGGCUGAUGAGGAGAACGACCCCGACUAUGAUCCCAAGGUGAGAUGA